GCAACAGUGGUUAGCAUUGCUACACACACACUGUUGUCAGUUCGGUGCUUUGUGUUUAAAUCACGAUUUAUGCUAAAUAGCUGCCUUGUGUGUGCUUCAUUAGCAAAGGGAGUGUUUUUACAUAAAAACAAAGUUUUGGUAGCCGGUCGUUACGAGCCUGGAAGCGAUGGCUUUAGCGGCAGGUCUCUUGGCAGUGCUGUUUGCCAUCUCUGCGACGGCAAACGCAUAUAGCCACGAAUGUCUUCAGUGGACUCCAUGGAUCAACGCCGACCAAAAUACAACUGACGGUGGCGACUACGAGCUGAUCGGCUUCAAUUUGGACGUGGAGGGGAGCCGACCUGGCCGGGUGACUCGUGAGCUGGCGCGGAGGGGCAUUGUCUGCAAUAACCCCGUGCAGGUGCAGUGUCGGGAGGCCUCCACCAAGCGUCACUGGUAUCAAACCGGAGAUGCUUCCAGAUCACCUAAGUAUGCCCGCUGCUCCCUCGCCGAAGGCAUGAGGUGUCAGAACAAGUAUCUAUCUCGCGGCAAAUGUCAUGAUUAUGAGAUCCGACUGCUCUGCUGGACAGACAAGUGCCGCCAUCUUAAGUGGACCGCCUGGAGUGAUAUUGAUAACCCCAGUGGUCACUGUGACUGUGAAACGCGAGCCAACACCCGCCCUGGCUGUCCUGAUGGACGCACUCCUUUGGAUAUCGACUGCCGCACAGUGGACGGGCAACACGCGGCGCUCACCAAAGACUUCCAUGUGGUGUGUGAUGUCAACGAAGGCAUGCACUGCUUCAAUAAGUUUCAACCCGGAUACGUGAAAGGCUCCUGGAGGCCACUGUGUCUUGAUUACAAAGUUCGCCAUCUGUGUGGAAAUUUGUACACGAAGCCAAAUAACUCGGCCGAAAUUAUUUAUCCCAUACAGUUGCAUGAGGUAAAGUUUAAUCUGAGUGAUAUUCACUGGAAAGGGUAAACAGACGUGAGAUAAAGAUAAGGAGUCAAAGCUUCUGCUGGCUCAAAAAGGAAAACCUUGAAUGUAUUCCGUCAGCGAAUUUGGUCAAUACCUUUGUCCUCCUGAUCCCCGGGACGAUAGAAAGAUGUUUCGCCUUUGCUGAAAAAUAAAACAUCCCCAUGAGUAAAAGAUGUCGU